CGGCGUAGGCGGCGGGCUCGGUAGCUAACGGUCGGCCGGCUCUUCCCGGCAGCCGCCUCUGGAGGGAGCUGCAGCCUCUCCCGAGGAGGCUCGGCCCCGCCGCCAUAGCUCCCCGCCGCGCUCGCCCCAAGCCUCUCCCCCGCCGGCCGGCCGGGCCCGCCCGCGCCGCCAUGGCCGACGUGGAGGACGGAGAGGAGCCCGGCGCGCCGGCCUCGCACUCGGGCAGCUCGGGCUCCAAGGCCGCCGGCGACAAGAUGUUCUCCCUCAAGAAGUGGAACGCGGUGGCCAUGUGGAGCUGGGACGUGGAGUGCGACACGUGCGCCAUCUGUCGGGUCCAGGUCAUGGAUGCCUGUCUUAGAUGUCAAGCUGAAAACAAACAAGAAGAUUGUGUUGUGGUCUGGGGAGAGUGUAACCAUUCCUUCCAUAACUGCUGCAUGUCCCUGUGGGUGAAACAGAACAAUCGAUGCCCUCUGUGCCAGCAGGACUGGGUGGUCCAGAGAAUAGGCAAAUGAAAGCCCCGGGCAUCGUUGAGUGCCAGGGUCAGAGGCCCCGGGUGUGUCACAGGGAUAAAGCCCUCCAAAGAUGCCAUCACUUCACUUGUCUUUCCUUGGUAAAAGGAAUGAGUUGGACACUUGGUGAAGUUAGGAUGUGGCAUUUGGCCCCCUCUCUCUUUAGAACUUCUCUACAAGUAAGAACAGUGUGUUACAGAUAACAUUCUUUUUCUUUGGUGUGAAUUGUAGAUGUGGCUUAGAAAUGCCAUGUUAGAGAAAAUUGCUUCUGUGUGAAUGACUUUCCUAAUUUAUUUAAAGUCUUGGAUAAAGGGAAUCAGGAGAGUAAGUUCCAUUCAGAUGAGGGUUUUGCAUGUUUAUAGUUAAUCAUUAAAAGGUAUUGAGAGGGCAGCUAGGUGGCACAGUGGAUAAAGCACCGGCCCUGGAUUCAGGAAGACCUGAGUUAAAAUCUGGCCUCAAACACUUGACACUUACUAGCUGUGUGACCCUGGGCAAGUCAUUUAAUCCUCACUGCCCCACUCAAAAAAAAAAGUUAUUGACAUGAAUGAAAGAGCAUUCAAAUCUAAUCCAUGUAAAGGUAUGGUUUGGUACUAGGAGUAUUUUUUCCCUGAAAAUAAACAAUUUAUGCAACGUUCAUUUCGGUUAGAAUUUUGCCGCCUUUUUUAAGCUUUUGUUAAAAACAAAAACAAAAAUUUUAUGGCUAACUACUAGUGCCAAAGGCAACCAAAAAUUAUAUUUUUUUGUUUCUGAGAAAUUGACUCUUGGUUGUCUUAUUAGGCUGUAUCUUUAAUUCUUUAUUGAAAUACUCAGACUCUACAUAAAGUCAUUGAGUUAUGGACACAUAAGUAUUUCUAGAUCAUACUUUGAUUUUUACCAUGUUAUAUUAUUGCUUUAAUGGUGAUUUAUAUUGAAUACCUAUAAGAAAAAUAUGUUUAAUUCACUUCUUAGACCUUUAAUGAAAAAAUUACAAUAACAUAACUAUUUGAUAAAUGAGGAUUCUAUUAAAUUGUUUAAUUAUUUGAACUAUGUCAUAAUAAACAUUAAUCUAA